AUGAAUGUCCAAAUUUCGGAACAAUUCGUGGCUCCGCAAUUCAAAAUAUACAACGGGACGACGGACCCCGAGUCCCAUAUCAAGACGUUCUCGAACGCAAUGGCAUUCCGAACGGGCAACGAUGCCAUUUGGUGUCGAGCGUUCUCGCUUUCAUUGGAGGACGAAGCAUUGGAAUGGUUCAACACCCUCCCUCAUAAUUCCAUCGAAAACUUUGCAGGGUUAAAACAAUUAUUCAUCAAACAAUUCGCGGCCAGUAGCACCCAAGAAUUGACCGUUUUCGAAUUAAUGACCCUUAAGCAAGGGAAGGAUGAAACGCUACGAACGUUCAUGGAUAGGUACCAGAAGACCGUCCGGCGCGUGAAGAGCCUGACCCCAGAGCUCGCCCUCCACUACGUCUUACCAGCCCUCAAACCAGGACCGUUCAAGGAUAGCGUCUGCAGGCGAGCGCCCAAAACGAUGGAAGAGCUGAGAGAACGGGCGGCAGAUGAAAUAAGGGUGGAGGAGAUGAAGCUCUCGUAUAAAAAGGAGAACCAGGAGGCGCGGGGAGAAAGGGCGGACAACGGUAAAUCCAAUCCUUCCGCGGGAAAACCGUCCGGCUCUAGGCACAGAGAGUAG